UGAUUCUGUCACAUGAUUCUUAUCAUGUGAUACUUAUAAUUUCAAAAUGGCAGCGCCUACAGUUUGUUUAACGGUGUCACUUUUACUUGCCAUCAUCUCAGGAGCGGACGCUGUGUACACGAGUGCCAGUGUGUAUUGUGAAGACCAGAAAUGUAGCUACAAGCUGAACGUUCUGGAUGUGGAGGGAGCUACUGCCUAUGGCGUGUACAACGACACCCUCUCAGAGACGGGAUGGGGAAUCCUCAACAUCACGGCCGGCCGGGGCAGUAAACAACCUGACAACAACCAGCUCAUGUUUGCUGCGGGGUACCUAGAAGGGCUACUUACUCAGAAGAGAAUCUACCAACAUUACCUCAACUUGAAUGACUAUUUCCAAGGGAAGUUUAAUAAUGACAAAAAGUGGAAGGAUGCUGUGAAGGCUUUCUUUCUAGAACAGGAUGUGUUCAUGCGGACAAUGAUAAAAAACAACGCCCCGGGUAGCCCCUACUGGCGGCAUAUGGCCUACAUCGUGGCCCAGUAUGACGGACUGGUGGCUGGAUACGGGACUGUUGCACCCGCUGAAAUGAAGUUACCAAUCUAUGCGUUUCAAAUGCUGAACGGUAAUGGUGACCUACUGGACAUGAUUAGCGCUGUGAGGCCCGACCUGGUGCCGGACUUCUUUAAUAUGACCCGAGACGAGGCCCUAGCAUAUGUUGCACAAAACGGCCGGUGUUCAGCAUUGGUCAAGGUGCUUGGGAUGUACGAGGACGUGUUCAUGUCCCACUCCAGCUGGUUCAUGUACCAGGCGACUAUGCGCAUCUUCAAGCACUACGACCUGAAUGUGAUGGACCCCGACACCACCGCCCAGCGACUCUCAUUCUCCAGCUAUCCAGGUUUUCUCGAGUCCCUGGACGACUUCUACCUGUUGUCGAGCGGGCUGGUGGUGCUGCAGACGACAAACAACGUGUUUAACACAAGUCUGUACCGUCAAGUGACGCCUCGCUCCCUCCUCGCAUGGCACCGCGUCCGCCUCGCUUCCAUGAUGGCGAAAUCAGGCAAGGACUGGGCAGCCAUCUUCUCCGAAAACAACUCCGGGACAUAUAACAACCAAUACAUGGUAGUGGAUCUGAAGCGGAUAAAGCUGCAGAGUACGCUGGAGGACGGAGCGCUCUGGGUCGUGGAGCAGAUUCCGGGGCUCGUGGAGGCCGCCGACACCACGCCCAUUCUGCGUACAGGCUACUGGCCAUCAUAUAACGUUCCCUUCUUCGAGCGGGUAUACAAUCUGAGUGGGUACCCGGAGUUCGCACGCAAACACGGCACGGACUUCACCUACCAGCUGGCUCCCCGGGCCAAGAUCUUCCGGAGGGACCAGGGUACCGUCAAAGACAUGAAAACAAUGAAGAACAUCAUGCGAUACAAUGAUUACAAAGAAGACCCCUAUUCCGAAGGUGACUCGUGCAACGCCAUAUGCUGCCGUGGAGACCUGAGGCAGACCUCAUCAGGACCGUUUGGUUGCUACGAUACAAAGGUGUCAAACUACGCCAUGGCGAUGAACAUGCAGGCAGAUAUUAUCAACGGACCAACCCUUGGCUCCGGUCUGCCACCGUUCGUGUGGACGACCUUCUACAACCAGAGCCAUGUGGGACUUCCGGAUGUGUACGACUUCCCGUUCAGCUCAACCCAGCCCCUCCCUUCCCCAUUGAAGGUGUAGGGUCGAGACGGCUGUAUAAACGUCGAGGCUUACCGAUUGUAUUCCUUUUGUGUUGAAAUAUGCAUGUGUGUGUUUAAUAAUGAUGGGGGACGAAAUUUCCAGCCAUUGUGGUCAUUGACUUUGAGAUUAUAACGAAUAAUAUGUGUGAGAGUAUUUUUCUAAAGUAUAUUUGGUAUUUUUACACUUACAACACGGUUUUGUGUUCGAUGGGGGUCGUUAAUUCGAUUAAGUCUUCAUGCUAAAAGCGUAAGGCUAAAUUUUACCAACACCACUUAUUACUGCAAACCCAUAAUGAGUAGUUGUAGAAGAUUCUGUGAUAGACUACUGCUUGUAUUAAUAAAUGAGGUUGAUAUUGACAUGUAUCUCAACAUACAUUUUUAUUUAUAAAACUUAUGUCAAGAUUUUUAUUUAUAACAUUUUUUGUCAAGCUUUUUAAAAAAUUUAUAUUUUGAAGGACUUAGUUCAGUUGUACUUUCCGGUGAUAUUGUGAUUAUAUUGUUCAUUGGAGUUGUCAGAAAAAAAGUGGUUAUUUUCGUAAUAAAAACAAGGAAGUUA